AUCUGACACACAGGAUGACUAGUCUACACAUGAGAUGCUAUCAACAGAGAAGGAAUUAUACAAUAACCCAACUGUUUCUCAUAUUUUUACUGAUGUUUAAAACAGGGUCUCUUGCUAAAAUCAGCCAGAGCGAUGUCUUAAAGACUUUCCUGGCUGGAGACAGAGUUCAUUUGGAAUGCCUCACGUCAGAAGAAGAUGGCAACUACUACAACUGGAUCAAGAUAAUAAUAGGACAAGCCCCAGUAUUAAUUCUGUCUCUUUACACUCACUCCAACACUGCAAAGUUCUUUGGAGAGUUUAACGACAACCCCCGGUAUAUGGCAAUGAAGGAUGGAACCAGUUUUGUGCUGACUAUUUCAGAUGCUAGACCAUCAGAUAUGGGGAUGUAUUACUGUGCUGCACGCGAUUACGAUGCCAUGAUCUUCGGGAAGGGUGUGUUUCUGAUGUAUGGGGAUGUAGAUUCCAGGAACCAGCAUCUUACUCAGCAGUCUGUGUCUGAGUCUGUCCAGCCAGGAGACUCUGUGACUUUGAACUGUACAAUACACACUAAGACCUGUUCAGGAGAUCACAGUGUCUAUUGGUUCAGACAUAGUUCAGGAGAAUCCCGGCCAGGAAUCAUUUACACCCAUGGAGACAGGAGUGAUCAGUGUGAGAAGAGCCCUGAGGCUGGGUCUCCUACACAGAGCUGUGUCUACAACCUCCCCAAGAGCAAACUCAGCCUCUCUGAUGCUGGGACUUACUACUGUGCUGUGGCCUCAUGUGGGGAAAUACUGUUUGGGAACAGGACCAAGCUGGAUGUUGGAGGCCCUGUUGAUCUGGUGGACCCCAAGCUCCUGGCUCUAAUCGUAUCCAACAUCUUGAGCUUGAUCGCAGUCGUUGUCCUCAUCUGUGUGAGAAGGAAGAAAGGUUUGCCUCAACAUCCUCAAAGUGGUGUUACAGCCCCUUCCUGUCCUGACAAGGAGAGAGAUGAGGGAGAGGAGCUGAACUAUGCUGCCAUGAGUUUCUCCUCGAGGAAGACCAAGAGGAGAGCAGAACCAGAGAGACAGACCAGAGCGACGGACAUGAAUGUGGUUUACUCUGGAGUGAAAGGUCAUCAUGAGUGGAACUGGGAUCCAUGAUUUAUAAUGCAAUAGUUUUAUAAUGCAACUUAGAGUGAAUUGUAAAAAUAAUAUGCUGUGAAGAUAAUUAACAGAAAUUCUGCUAAAUAUUUUUAUAAACUUUAAAAUAUAUAUAUAUAUUUAAGAUGACUAUUAGAGGGAGCAUGUGUGUGUGUGUAAGGGGACUCUGAUAAGGACAUACCAUCCUGUCCCAGAGCUGUCUCGACUUCUUUGAUCUGUAUGUACACCAACUAUCCAGCAGAGGGCAGUAGCUUUCCACAAAGGGAACAGACCACAGGCACACAUCACCAGUCAGUCAUUUGAUGAUGGCUAGCUACAUCUUAGUAAUUUAGCAGACACUCUUAUCCAGAGCAUCUUACAGUAGUGAGUGCAUACAUUUAUGAUACUAUUUCAUUCUGGUCCCCCCCAUGGGAAUCAAACCCACAACCAACUCUGACAUUGCAAGCACCAUGCUCUAUCAACUGAGCCACAUGGGACCUGCUACAAUAUAGUAGGAUGGUAUUUGCCAUCUAUAUGUGUUUCUAGAAAAGGAUCUUUGGGAUACCCACAAAAGGAAAUUGUCAAUUAUCUCAACCCUUGUUUCAAAAGUACAGCCACAACUAUUUACAGUAUAGGUUUUAAUACAUAUGAAUGCUCAAUUAGUUAUAUACUGAACAGAAAUAUAAACGCAACGUGUAAAGUGUUGGGCCCAUGUAUCAUGAGCUGAAAUAAAAGAUCCCUGAAUAUUCCA